AUGAGGCCGGCGAUCGCCCUGUGCUUCCUCUGGCAGGCGUUCUGGCCCCAGCCGGGCCGUGGCGAGCACCCCACCGCCGACCGCGCGGGCUGCUUGGCCUCGGGGGUCUGCUACAGCCUGCACCACGCUACCUUCAAGCGGCAGGAGGCCCAGGAGGCCUGCACCCUGCGCCAUGGGGUGCUCAGCACAGUGCGCGGGGGCGCGGAGCUCCGCGCGGUGCUCGCGCUCCUGCGGGCGGGCCCGGGGCCCGGAGGGGGCUCCAAAGACCUUCUCUUCUGGGUGGCGCUGGAGCGCCGGCGAUCCGACUGCACCCUGGAGAAUGAGCCCUUGCGGGGAUUCUCCUGGUUGUCCCCCGACGUCGGCGAGUCGGAAAGCGACACGCUGCAGUGGGUGGAGGAGCCCGCGCGCUCUUGCACCGCUCGGAAGUGUGCGGGACUCCAGGCCACUGGGGGAAUCGAGCCUGCCGGCUGGAAGGAGAUGCGAUGCCACCAGCGCGCCGACGGCUAUCUGUGCAAGUACCAGUUCCAGAGCUUGUGCCCCGCACCGCGCCCCGGGGCCGCUUCGAACUUGAGCUACCGCGCGCCCUUCCAGCUGCACAGCGCGACACUGGACUUCAGUCCCCCCGGGACGGAGGUGAGUGCGCUCUGCCCUGGGCAGCUCUCCGUCACGGCCACCUGCACCGCGGACGAGGUCGGCGCGCGCUGGGAAGGGAUACCCUCCGGGGCCGUGCUCUGCCCCUGUCCCGGGAGGUAUCUACGGGCUGGCAAAUGCGCUGAGCUCCCUGACUGCCUAGACGACGUGGGAGGCUUUGCUUGCGAGUGUGCUGUGGGUUUCGUGCUGGGGAAAGACGGACGCUCCUGUGUAACCAAUGGGGAAGGACAGCUGACUCCUGGAGGGACCCAGGUGCUCACCUGGCACCCGCCAGCCACUGCAGCCAGCCUCGCGCCGGAGGGAACGUGGUCACCCAGUGUCCAGGAGAGGCCUGGAGAGAUACCCAAUGCCCCUGGACAAGGCAGUGCAACAGCAUCUUUUCCCGAGAUCCCUCGGUGGGGAGCACAGAGCACGCUAUCUACCCUUCAAAUGUCCCCUCAAACAGAGGUAAAGGCGGACGUGAACUCUUCAGGAACAGCCUUUCCCAAGGUUAAUGCUACGUCUCCCUCGGACAACCCCCAGGCUUUCGAUUCUUCCACCGUGGUCUUCGUACUUGUAAGCAUGGCUGUAGUAGUGUUGGUGAUACUGACCGUGACAGUGCUGGGGCUUUUCAAACUCUGCUUCCACAAGAGCCCUUCCCCUCAGCAAAGAAAGGAGCCUUUGGCCUCGCCGGGCACGGAGGGUGAUGCUGAGGCGGCUCCUCUGAGCUCCGGCUCUGCACGUUGCACGGACAACGGGAUGAAAGCCGGGGACUGUGGUCUGCGUGCCUCGGUGGCGGGGUCCUCUCUUGGCUCUAGUGACACAUAG